GCGCGUGGGGGCCCGGGGCCUCGUGGUCGUCGCCGCCGCCUCGCGGAGCUGCGUGCCCAUGGCGUCCGGGGCUCCCGAGCUUGGUGCUGGGGUGUGCAGCCACUCUUCCUUAUCUGGCGCCCAGUUCUGCUGCGAGGACCCCGGCCGGGGCUCGGCCUGGGCCAAGGCCGCUGCGGUGGCCCAGGGCCCGGGCCCCUUCCUCCCGCGGAACGUGCUCAGCGAGAGGGAGCGCAGGAGGCGGAUCUCCUUGAGCUGCGAACGCCUGCGGGCCCUGCUCCCCCAGUUCGACGGCCGGCGGGAGGACAUGGCGUCCAUCCUGGAGAUGUCAGUGCAGUUCCUCCGGCUCGCCGGCGGCCCAGUGCCCGGCCGGGAGCAGCACGCCGUUUUUGGUUCCUCCAAGGAGAUGUGGCACAAGUGGCCGAAGGAUGUUUUGCAGCUGGCCCUGGGGAAUCAGGUCCCAGCAGGUGCAGCAGACCUCGACGUGGAAAUAGCCAGCGUGACCAUGCAACAGACUCCUCUGAGCUGUGCAGCUGCGGGUGUGGACGAGGGCCAGGUGCAGGACGGGCUGCCGGUCCUCUCUGAGCCUGCCAGCCUGCUGCCCCGGUCCCCAGGCCGGCAUCCCUGCAAGGCCCUGAGGCUGUCCCCAGUGUGGCCUCCCUGCUCGCGGCAGCCACCCUCCCCCCUGGUGAGCGAGGAGCCUCAGAGCUGCCUGGGCCAGGUUGGGCCCCCAGCGCAGGAGAGUGACGUGGCCGUGACGCCGGGCUCCAGGUCCAUGUCAGACUGUGACGUAGGAGACGGGGCGUCCUUUCUGCUGACCUCUGGUCCCGACUGGUGGUUGGGGUCCCUGGAGGGCAGAGGCACCAGUGCCACUUCUCAGAUCCCUGCCAGGAGCAGCCUGCUGGACAGGGCAGAACCGGGCUUUCUGGGAGACUCCGAGCCUGGCUCCCAGGACCCCCGCGGCCCCCUGGAGCCGUGGGGCUCAGACGUGAGCUGCCCCAGCUCGGCCUUGCGGGACGAGGUGGACGGCAUCUUUCCUGACUUCUUUGCCUACUGAGGGCCAGGGUCGUGCCGGGCCGCUGUGCCCGGGGGCCAUGGAGCAGCUUGCACCCCGCACUUAUUUUGGGUCUGGGCUGCAGCUGUGCUCUAAUUCUGGCGAGGCUGGGGGGCUGUGGGGAGCGGAGGCUGCAUAUUAAAGAGGGAAAGUGAUUUUCUGGAGGAAGCAAAACUGGGGUGGCUUUUGUGUCAUUAACACGACUCGCUGGGCAGAUGGCACCGCUUCCGUUCCAAGUGCAAGCGCCUGCCUGCGGUUUUGUUUCUGUGAUGCUCCAGGCCUGAGGGCCCCUAACUACCCUGCCCUCAGGGAGGGGUCCACGGGCUGAGAGGUCUGUGUUCAGGGCCUGCUCCCCACGGGGUGGACGUGGGACCCAACUCCUCUGCCUGUGAGCUUGGUCUGGGGGGUCCGUCGCAGGAGGCCUGUCUCCAGGCCGAGGGGCAUCAGGGAAGGGAGCAGCCACUGCCUUGGGUGGGGGCUCUGCUGCAGGCUCAGGGGGGCCUGGGACAGAGACCACCUGGCUUUAGUAUCUUAAGUCCAUACCGCGGUGGGCACAGCGCCCCUCCUAGCUGCUCCUGCCCCCCAGGAUUGGGGGAGGGCCGGGUUCCUGUGGGAAGUGGCCCAGGCCCCUGCUCUGGCAAGGCUG